UGCCCAGUGACGCAGAGACGUCAGCAGUCGGUGGGCGGAAAAGCGGUAGUGUGUUUCUGUAAGUGCAGAUAAAGGCGAACCGGGUGUUUUUUUUUAUCAAGUCCUUUCAUACAGGGAUAACGUACGACUUUAGUUCCGAGCCUGGUGAAAUGGCGGUUCCUGCGGGUCAGACGGACGUCCAGAUGGACCGCGGCGCUCUGAGCGGCCAGACGGUUUCCUCCGAAAACAACAUAGACAUCGACGAGAAAGAGUUGGAAAACAUCACAAAGAAACACCGAGAAGAAGACACGGCGACGCUGCCUCUGCACUCGCCUUGGACGUUUUGGCUGGACAGGUCACUGCCCGGCACCACAGCAGCAGAAUGUGAGUCCAACUUGAAGAAGAUCUACACAGUGCAAACUGUUCAGAUGUUCUGGAGUGUAUACAACAACAUCCCUCCAGUCACAGCCCUGCCUUUGAGAUGUAGCUAUCACUUAAUGCGCGGAGAGCGGAGGCCGUUGUGGGAAGAAGAGAGUAAUGCAAAGGGAGGCGUAUGGAAGAUGAAAAUACCAAAAGAAAGCACUUCUGCAGUUUGGAAAGAAUUGUUACUCGCUACUAUUGGAGAGCAGUUUGCAGAUUACUGCGCCUCAGAUGAUGAGGUGGUUGGCGUCAGCGUUAGCGUCCGGGAUCGGGAAGAUGUUGUACAGGUGUGGAAUAGCGAUGCAUCUCUCGCUAAUGAAGCAAAUAUCUUGGGGAAAGUUUAUGAGCUGCUCCCGUACAUAUCUUUUAAAGCUGUUUUUUAUAAGUCUCACAUGGAGCAUCAUGCCUUUGAGGGAGGACGCUCAAGACAUUAGAUUCUACUGCCGCCCCACCCCCCCUUUUUUUUUUUCUUUUUUUUUUUAACCUGAACUCUGUUCCUGCCUUGGCGUGAAGGCACUGUCCACAACCUAAUCGAGGAUAUUAUUUUGCUCUCAACAAGGAAAUGUUAUCAAUCUAUUUUUAUAACUUUUAAUGACUGAUGCCUUGUUUCAUUUAAAUGUGGGUCCUAACAGCUCGAAACUCUCGAGAGAAUGUUUAUCCAGCGUAAAUCUCACCCCGAGUUCGUUACUUCACGUCGAUUUUUUGCCUUUCCUGCUACACUGAACUGCACUGCCACCAUGGUCCCGUCAUGUGCACAGACUGUGGACCUCGCAAUUUUAUUCCUGGUAGAGGUAGCAGCUACUUAACCUAGCUAGUUUCAGCUGUUGUGUAUGUUAGACGUAUGCAUUCAUGUCGUGUUUUAAUCAAGUCUGCUUUUUCAGUGCCAAAGCACUUUCCUGCCAUUUAAGGAGCUUGUAUCUUAAUGGUGAAGGUGUCGUUUGUAUUCAGCUGGACAUUUGCCACUUGGAUGGAGGUGGAUGUCCCAAUUGGUUUCUUGAAUCUUCAUCAAGUGUACAUCAAACUGAAAUCAGGGUAACAUUUCAAAGAUAUUGCACAUAGCUGCCAGUUCCCAUUAUGAUGUUAUCUAGUUAUAAAGCUGUCAUAUAGCACAGAUGUGACAUUCAAAGCCUGCAUAUUUGGCUUGUGAUUUUAUCUUUUCUUUUUUUUUUUU